AUGGCCAAGAAAUCCAAGAACCCCGGGAGAGCUGGCGGUGCUUCUUCCUCCUCCUCCACCUCCGUUGCAGCUCGUGGCGAUCGCGCCGCGCCAUGGAUCCGGCUGACGGUUCUCGCUGUGCUCACCAUCCACUCGGCCUUCUCCGCGUACCAGGCCAGGGACGACGCCAGGUUGGUCGCGCUUGUGGCCGUCGGAUACCUUCUCAUGCUGCUGCUGCUGUUCUAUCACUAUGGUGGCCUGCCCCUGCCUGGGGUCAAGAAGACAGACUAG